AUGGCAAGAGCUAGAGUGCCAGCGCCGGCUAUGCUCGUGGCGCUCCUCGCCCUAGCAAUGGCCGCCGAUGGUGCUGGUGCUAGUGCUGGUGCUGACAACGGCGCGACGAUCUGCGACACGGCCAAGUGCGGCAAGGGCACCUGCAGCGAGGUGCCGGGGAUCAUCCCACUGCUUACCAGUUCCUACAAGUGCACCUGCGACCCCGGCUGGUACCAGCAAAUGUUGUCAAACCUCACAGUCCUCAACUUCGCGCCCUGCAUCAUCCCCGACUGCUCCUUCAGUAGUGGCUGUUUGAACCAUACCAUGGAGACACCACCCAGGGGCAUUCCUCUGUCAGACCCCUGCCUCGUCGUCAACUGCGGCCAAGGUGGUCAGUGCGAGAAGGGCGCCGGCGUCAGUUACCAGUGCCGCUGCCAGCCGGGGUUCAAAAACAUGCUCGACGACACCUCCAUGCCUUGCAUCGGCAGCAGCUGCACGUUUGGGGCAGACUGCGCCAAGCUAGGACUGGGAAACACUCCGGCUGCACCAGCUCCGGCACCAGUCAUCGGAAAUUAUCUUUAUUAG